AAACCUGAAUAUUGCUAUCCUUACUAUUUUUCUAGGCAAAGUACAAGUACGACCAUUACCAAUAACAAUUUGGUUGAGGACGGCGCGCUCCCACCCUUCACGAAUGAGAAAGUAGUGAUUGGUCCAUACACUGCUAGCAUGUUACUAGUGAACGGAUAUUGUGUACGAGGUUAGUUGUUUCGUGCGACCUACUAGUCUAAGAAGAGAAGAGUGAUUGUUGAUGCUAUUAACAGUAGUUUCGGGCAAACGUGGGGCGGAUUAGAUCUUCAGUUCAGAAAUACGUGAUGCCUCUUGGAGAAAUGCAAUGAAGUUAUUUGGAUACAGCUGACCGUAGACGGCGAGGACUAUACUGUAGAAGACAAACACGGCAGACAGGAUGAAGGAGGAGAACCUGCUCCAGAGAAGGUUUUCCCUGUGCCCCACCGCCAUCACGCCACAUAAGAUCGACCCCCGUGUGUUCACACGGAACCUGCCCUACGGGGGAGACAACGACCUCUACCCUCUCAGCCCAGGUGGUGAUAUGGAGAGGAAUGGCUUGCCUGUGCUGCAGGAUGAAGGCAGCCCUGCUCAGUCUCCCAACAGUAAGCUGGAAUCCAGGGUCUUCAAUGGCCAGGAGAAAGAGUGCUCCUCUCCUACAGAGAAGCUGGCCAGGAAGGAGUCUCUCAAACUGCAAAAGAAAAACUAUCGACAGGAGAAGAAGAGGGCAGCCAAAGAAUUGUUCAGCGCCUUGAAGGACCCCAGUGUGGUCAUCAUGUCCAACUGGUUGAAGAUCCGCGGUACACUGAAGGGCUGGACGAAGCUGUGGUGUGUGCUGAAGCCAGGGGUCCUCCUCAUCUACAAGACCCCCAAGGUGGACCACUGGGUUGGCACCAUCCUGCUUAACGCCUGCAAGCUCAUUGAGAGGCCCUCCAAGAAAGAUGGCUUCUGCUUCAAACUCUACCACCCACUGGACAAGUCUAUCUGGGCCAUGAAGGGACCCAAAGGGGAGAAUGUAGGCUCCAUCACUCAGCCCCUGCCUAGCAGCUACCUGAUCUUCAGAGCUGUGUCUGAGUCUGACGGCCGCUGCUGGAUGGAUGCCCUGGAGAUUGCGCUCAGUUGCUCCAGCCUCUAUAAGCUGACCUCCAAGGCUGGCCGUGACGGCGACCUCAGCUGCUCCUCCGAGUCUUCCCACAUCCUCAACCUCCUGCACUCUUCUGCCCUCAAUGACCAUGAGCUCUUCCAGUUGAAUGAGUCCCUGUUGGAAAACAACCACAUGGAGAUGGACGGAUACUCCGACAAAUCAGAGAGGGAGGCCCAUGAUGAGUCAGACAAUGGGACCAAUGAGAAUGGGGGCAGGCUGACCGAGGAGAGUGACAUGGACCAAUCAGAUGACCUGUCCCCAAGCUUGCAGGCCACAGCUUACAUUGAGCAAGGCCAGGAGGAGAUGGCUGAGGCAGGCGAGGCAUCUCAGAUGGAAACAGUCUCUGAGGAGAACAAAGGCCUGAUUUGGACCUUGCUGAAGCAGCUGCGGCCCGGGAUGGACCUGUCCAAGGUGGUGCUGCCCACCUUCAUACUGGAGCCACGCUCCUUCCUGGACAAGUUGUCAGACUACUACUACCAUGCUGACCUGCUUUCGCAGGCAGUUUUGGAAGAGAGCCCAUACUGUCGGAUGAAGCAGGUUGUGCGAUGGUACCUGUCUGGCUUUUACAAAAAGCCCAAGGGACUGAAGAAGCCGUACAAUCCGAUCCUUGGGGAGACAUUUCGGUGCUGUUGGCUCCACCCUCAGACCGACAGCUGUACCUUUUAUAUAGCAGAACAGGUGUCGCAUCACCCUCCCAUCUCCGCCUUUUAUGUCUGCAACAAGAAGGAUGGCUUCUGCAUCCACGGUAGCAUUCUCGCCAAGUCCAAAUUCUAUGGGAACUCUCUGUCUGCAAUACUGGACGGGAAAGCCAGACUGGUGUUCCUCACCCGGGAUGAGGAGUAUGUCAUCACCAUGCCAUACGCUCACUGUAAAGGCAUUUUGUAUGGUACAAUGACCUUGGAGCUUGGAGGAAAAAUCACCAUUGAUUGUGAAAAAACAAAGUGUGUAGCGGAACUGGAAUUUAAACUAAAGCCAUUCCUUGGCAGUUCGUCGAGUGUCAAUCAGAUUUCAGGGAAGAUCCGCAUGGGAGAGGAUGUGUUGGCUACUGUGGAUGGACACUGGGAUGGUGAGGUGUUUCUCCAUGAGAAGAAGAGUGGCCACCAAGAGGUUCUGUGGAACCCCUGUCCUGAGGUGCGGAAGCAGAGGCUGAAGAGGCAGGUGGUUCAGCUUGACCAGCAGGGGGAGUUUGAGUCUGAGAGGCUGUGGCAGCACGUGACCAGUGCCAUCGUGAACCGGGACCAGGAGCGGGCCACACAGGAGAAGUUUGUAUUAGAAGAGGCACAGAGGCAGGAGGCCAGAGAGCGAGGGAACAAGCCAUGGACUCCCCACCUCUUCACCCUGGACCCUAUCUCCAACGAGUGGCGCUACAAAUAUGCAGACACCAGGCCCUGGGAUCCUGACAUCAGCCUGGUGCAGUUUGAGAAGGACGGGGUGAUCCAGACAAAGGAGAGGCAGUCCAGGCACAAUGGACUCUCCUAUAGCCAGAAUUGGGCAGUGCAGCAGCAGAAGGCAAAGGCGCAGGGCAAACACAGGAAGUCCAGCAGCCAGCCAUCCAGCUGCAGCCAGAACACAGAGAGCAGCAGCACCACACCUGAGCCCACGCAAGAGUCAUCUGACAAUGAAGGAUUCAUGGCCCAGUGCUCCAGAUGCAACAAGGAGCUGCAGGACAUCGCAGAGAUGGAGGCCUCCAUAGCUUCCAUACAGAAGACACAGCAGGACAUCCAGAGGAACCUGUGCUUCCUGAGCCAGCAGAUGUUUCGCCGCAGAGCCUCAGAGGAGACUGGGACACUGACAGGCCGUUACUGCCUCAUUCUCUGCAUACUGCUGCUCUUUCAGCUCUUCAUCAAUUACACGUUCACAUGAAGGGGAGGUGUCCCGCCUGCACGUCCACCCCUAUCCCCUGCCCCCACCCCCACAGAGCAAUAAACAGUCACACCACCACUCCACCAAAAACACCUGUAGAAACUCAUACACUAGGGCACCAAGCACUUUGGAGAAAGAGGGUGAGAGAAGAAGAGGGGAGGGGGAGAAGAAAGGAAGAGGAAGAUGAAUUUGAAGCUGGAAGACAAAUAAACAACAAACACUUUACUUUUUGAGGGAUGAGGCAGAAGGAUUCAAAUGUUCUCUUCCUGCAGUGUUGUGAGUGGAUGCGUACUUUUAUAUUGCAAUACAGUGUUUGUUUCUCUUUAAGUCACUGCCUCUCCCCCACCCUCGAGCAGAAAUAUGACCUUCUUUUUUCCCUUCCACUUAAUACUUUGGGCCUUAACGCUUAUGCCAAAAAAGUGAAUAAAAGACAUCGACAAU